AUUACUGUAUGACUCUUCUCUCCUCAUCCCAUCCACAGGAGUGUCCAUCGACCCACGACCUGCUGAACUCGCUGCGCCAGGUGGAGAAGAUGUUGGCGGUCCAUGAGGCGUCCUACCAGCACGGUUUGCGCUCCCUCAGGAAGAAGAUGAGCGCUCUGCAUAACAGCACCAUGGCCAUCUUUAAGGCCGGCGCAACCUGCCCCAAACCAGAACCCCCUGCUCACGGACGCAGACUGGGCAGAGUGUUUGGCAUCGGACACGAAGUCCACUUCCUGUGCAAGCCUGGCUACGAGCUGAUUGGCCCACGAACCCGAGUGUGUCUGGACUCUCUGAAGUGGAGCGGCCAGCAGCCAAUGUGCAGGCGCCUCAACAGCACCGGCAGCUCCCUGGCAUCCUUCUCUCUGGCUGCUUCCUCCUCUUCCUCUUCCUCCUCUUCCUCUCCUCUCUUCUCCUCCUCCCUCCCUGUCUCUGCUGCUCUGUCAGCAUCCUCCUCCUCCUCCUCCUCCUCCUCCUCAACUCCCCCCUCUCCUGUCUCCUCUUCAUCACCCACAUCUUCCUCCCCCUCCUCCUCUGUCCGUCCGUCUCACUGCACACACUUCCUGGGCUCCACCCGCUGCACCUGUGACGUGGGUUUCACCAUAUCUGGCCGUGACAACAACAUCUGCACUGGUAAGAAAUAUUUCUCACCAUUGACUGACUGUUUUCUAACAUCCAGUAACGAUCGUGUCUGCGUUUCAGAUAUCGAUGAGUGCCGUCUGUUUCCUCUCGCUCAGCCCGGCCGGCUCUGCGUCCAUCAGUGUGUAAACACGCCCGGCAGCUUCCACUGCUUCUGUCCGGCCGGCUACGAACUCGCCAGAGACGGCCGCAGCUGCACAGACAUCGACGAGUGUGAAAACCGGAUGCACAACUGCACAGCGGCCCAGGUGUGUGUGAACACCUACGGAGGUUUCCAGUGUGUGACGCUGGAGUGUCCUCACGUGAAAAACGCCACGUACAUCAAGACGUCACCGAUGCGCUGUGAGAGGAACCCGUGCAUGCUGGGAGACAAAGGAUGCAGUCAGGCACCAAACUCCAUCUCCUUCCACUUCCUGUCUGUGGUGUCUAACAUGUCCGCCCCUCGCGUCCUCUUUCGGGUGUCGGCGGCUCGUGUGCUCGGUGACACGCUGCGUUUCGGGCUGGCCGGAGGCCGUGGGCGAGGCCACUUCAGCGUGCAGCGCUCCGGCCGACAAACCGGGACCCUCCUCCUGGUGACUCCCAUCAAGGGUCCUGCUACUCUGGAGGCUGAGGUGGAGAUGAGCGAGCUGGAGCGCCACUCCCUGCUGGGCCGCUACCUCACCAAGGUCACCCUGUUCGUUUCUCCAUACGAGUUUUAGGGGAAGGGUGGGGGGGUUCAAGGUUCAUCAGGGUUUACUAAAGAGCCUAAUGAACUUUUACAGUCCAGCUGAAAUUAUAAAAGUCAAUAUAAUGUAAAAAUGUAUUUUUAAUAUUUUUUAUUACUGAGAAGAAAGCUCUUAGUAAAUACAUCAGAAACUCUCCUUUAGUCUCCAAGCCUCUGAGUGUGUGUGUGGUGUGUGUUUGUGGGAGGCCAGUUUGUCCCAGGAAUGGAACUGGGAUGUCGUAAGUGGGAAUUCAUUGAAGGUUGUAUGUAUGCAUGUUGUCACUCCCAAGUACUCACAU